AUGACGUAUCCCAACACCAGUAUAUUGAAAGCCAACUUCAGUGGACCUUUUGACGGACAUGACUCUGGGGGAAACAUCUACCGGCCUUUUUCUGUUUUCAGCGUGCUCACUCUUACGUUACUGGCAAUGCUGGUGGUGGCCACCUUUGUGUGGAACUUGUUGGUGCUGGUUACCAUCCUGAGGGUGAGGACAUUCCACCGGGUGCCCCACAACCUUGUGGCUUCCAUGGCCAUCUCCGACGUGAUGGUGGCCGCCCUGGUCAUGCCGCUCAGCCUCGUCCAUGAGCUGAACGGCAGGCUGUGGAAACUGGGCCGCGUGCUUUGCCACGUGUGGAUCUCCUUUGACGUGCUCUGCUGCACAGCCAGCAUCUGGAACGUAACGGCCAUCGCUCUAGACCGCUACUGGUCCAUCACCAGGCACCUGGAGUACACGCUCAAGACACGCAAAAAGAUCUCCAACGUGAUGAUCGCACUCACGUGGCUGCUGUCCUCCAUCAUUUCCCUGUCGCCUCUUUUCGGCUGGGGGGAGACCUACACAGAGGGGAUGAAGUGCCAGGUGAGCCAGGACCCGUCCUACACAAUCUUCUCCACCUUCGGAGCAUUUUACCUGCCACUUUGUGUGGUUCUCUUUGUUUAUUGGAAGAUCUACAAGGCUGCCAAGUUUCGGAUUGGUUCCCGCAAGACCAACACAAUAACGCCCAUGGCUGAGGUGAUCAAGGUAAAGGACGAAGCGCAUCAGCCGCAGAUGGUGUUCACUGUGCGCCACGCCACCGUGACCUUCCAGACCGAUGUGGACACGUGGCGUGAGCAGAAGGAGAAGAAAGCGGCGCUGAUGGUCGGCAUCUUGAUCAGCGUGUUUGUGCUUUGCUGGAUCCCCUUCUUCAUCACCGAGCUCAUCGUCCCACUGUGCUCCUGUGACAUCCCGCCCAUCUGGAAGAGCAUCUUCCUGUGGCUGGGAUACUCCAACUCCUUCUUUAACCCGCUCAUCUACACCGCCUUUAAUAAGAACUACAACAAUGCCCUGAAAAACCUCUUCUCCCGGCAGCGCUGA